AUGGAUCUCUCCGUUUUGCCAAAUAACAACCAUCCUGACAAAUUCCUGCAGCUUGACGUAAAGUCUUUAAUGAGGAGCUCAGCCCUCCUUCAGGCCAGCCUGGUGAGGUUUCCGGGUGGAAAUUACCCUGCUGCACAACACUGGCAAAACCAUGUCUACUCACAGAGAGAAAAGAAGAAGAUUGCUGUUCAGCGAAAUAGGGGAUCCAGUGUGGAAGCCCUUGCCACUGAUGAUAGCCCCCCAAGAUCCAUGUCAUCAGUUCUGAAGAAUAACCCACUAUAUGGUGAUAUAAGUUUGGAGGAAGCUAUGGAAGAAAGAAAAAAGAACCCUUCAUGGACCAUUGAGGAAUAUGACAAACGUUCCCUGCACACAAACCUCUCUGGACAUCUGAAGGAAAAUCCUAAUGACCUACGGUUUUGGUUGGGAGACAUGUACACACCGGGUUUUGACACUUUAUUGAAAAAGGAAGAGAAACAGGAGAAGCAAUCAAAAUACUGUCGUGUGGGUCUGAUUUUACUUCUGGUUACCUCCAUCUUGGUUACCAUAGUGACUAUCAGCACUUUUUUCACCUAA